AUGAUGCAUGAUUUGAAUUCCUUACCAUCUCCUGUAAGGUUCACAUUCCUAACAAGCACUACCAGUAUCAACUUCCUGGAUUUACAAAUUUUUGUCACAGGCAACCACAUUGGAUACACGUUGUACUCAAAACCAACCGACAGGAAUACCAUAUUGCAUGCCACAAGCUUUCACCCAACAAAACUGAAAGAGUCUCUACCGGUAUCCCAAUUUGUUAGAAUUUUACGCAACAAUUCUGACCAUAACCUAGCACAAGUGCAAAUUGAAGGGAUGUUUAAAAAACGUGUGGCCUGUGGCUACUCUAAAGCAAGUCUAAAUUCAGCCUAUACCAGGGCUGUUAAAUCAGUUGCGGAAAACAUGAUUCACCAAGAUAUCGGAGAUCGAUUUAUUUUCCCACAAGCAUUUCACCCCAAAAUGGGAACUGGGUACCAGCAUAUGUGA